AGCAUAUGAAUAUCAUCCAUAUCCGAUGAUAUUCACCCACUUCACUGUGUUGCAUUAUCCUGAAGUUAGAAAUUCAGGCAAUUGAAUUUGAGGUAGAAAUUCAGGAAAAGAAGAAACGGAGAUUGAAGGAGUAUGUCCUUAUUACAGAAGGGCCUGUGUUGUGUCUUUCACGUCCGUAACCGCAAUGUAAGCUCUCUCAACCUCUCAUCAGGAAUGGUAUGCACCGCCACCAAUUUCCAUGCCCCAAAUCCUCCAUCCAAAACAAACCUUCAAUCGAUGGGACGUGGCAAAGCAAGGAGGAUCUUGAAACCUCUAUCAGCGGCUCUUCCCGUUCCACCGCCGCUUGACCUCACAGAAGACAACGUGAGACAGGCUUUGGAGGACGCUCGACUGGAGCUGGGUCAAAUCUUUGACACCUCUGUUGGUAUGACAGGAGUGGUUGAACUAGCUGACUUAGAUGGACCUUUUGUGAAGCUUAGCCUUAGGGGUCGCUUUUGGCACAAGCGUUCCACGGUCGUAGCCAGAAUCGCCAAUUAUCUCAAACAGAGGAUUCCUGUCAGUCUCUUAUGAGAUUUUGGAGGUGGACAUAGAAGACGAGAAACAAUUGGAUGACAGUCCUGAGAAUUUUUAAGGUACUGUGCACGGCUCGCGUCAUUUAGAUUUUGCUCUAUUAUUUCUUUUGAUCAGUUGGUCUUCGACUCUGACAAAGAAUUUGGUGCGGAUGAGAAACCAUUGGAAAAAUGUUGCUUGAGAAUAUCUGUAUAAUUGUGCUAUCUUCGUUAGAUGUUAUUGUUACAUACACGUCAAAGCUUCUUGCACAAUCCUCAUUAUAAUCCCCUUUCUAUCCUUUCCUUUUUGUUUCAAAAUCAAAUGGUGCGCAUUCUGUUGGGCAGAUUAUGUGCACAAAAAUAUACAAACAACAUUUGGUCUUUGGGAAACUGCCUUGUUGGUGUCAUUGGUCAGGUUCACCAAAUGACAUUAUCUCUUAUAGUGUUGAAAUCAUUGAGUGAGUAGUCAUCAAUCAACAUAAAACAUUUGGGGCAAAUUUCGGUAGUAUUGUCCAUAUCUUUAUCAUUGGCUAAAUGCUGCAGUUUCCAUUUUGUUUCGACCGAGGUAUCAGUUAUCUAUCAACAAUAAGGUGCUUUGGUAAAUUAAUCAAAGAAUUUUAUCAAAGAGAAUUUGAUUUCUUACAAAACUCAAUGAUGUCAUGAGAUUCAUUGAACGAGAUUAUUCUUUUUGUUGUUGGCAGCUAAAUUGAAGGAAAGGACAGAGAAAAUCUGGUCUCAUUUUCUUUUCUAGCAAUGAUACACAUACACCUUGAUUUCAUCUACACCUAUCACACACUUGAUUUUUCUUCUACCUCUCUCUUCUUAUCAAAUCAUAUAACCUAUAAACCUAUCAUUUUUGUUCUCUCUCUAAGUGUAUAUUAAGUGUUAAUGAACCUUUUUGGUGUCUAUGAAUCAUUUUUCUUUUCUUAAUUACCAGCAACCUGUAGCACAGGAAUGUUGGUUUACAAAACUGCAAUGCAUAUUGAUUCGUUUGAUCUUACUGUUUUACUGCAUUUAGCGGUCAUUACAUCUGUGGCGAAUUUUUUGUGUGCUGUGUUGUACACACUCGUUCAUUUACUGAUUGAGGUGCUUCUAAGUGUCACUACCUUAUCCAUAACUACAAGGUUUUUGUUUUGGUGGCCUAUAAUUGUUCGAUGAACUUAGUUUUGGUUUCUAAGGAUAUGCCAAUGCCUUUUUGGCUUAAGAUUAUCAUUUGACACGGAACUGUAGACAACAAACCUCUCUUGUAAAGAAACUGGAUUCACCUUAUUGUUGUUGUUUCAUUCAUGCAAUCAACAAUACAAUUUAUAAACUUACAUAUCAAAAUAGACAAAAUGACUAUAAACGACUAUAAAUGACUAAUCCAUUAACUAACUACCAAUAACUCUCCCACGGCUAAUACAUUAACUAGCCAAAAGACUCCAAGGACUAAUUCAUUUAAGUUUAUCAUUUGACACGGAACAGUUCAGUUAUGCCUUUCCCUUUAUGUUUGACUAAAUUAGACAUGGUAAGAACUUCACUAUGUCCAAAUUUAUGAUAUGAAUCCAGAGUAGUGCGUUCCAGAAACUCGUGUUAUGUUAUUUACUUACCAACUUUACUAUGUUUCUGAUGGGCAAUUCAGUUGGGAAUUGAAUAAAACUACAAUGAUCUCUAGCAGCUAAACCUGGUCUUGACCUGUCACCAUUUAUGAAUACUCUAGUUUCGGGUUGAACGAUGACUUUCUUUUUUUUUGGUUUGAAUUCUCGUUGUAGUCUGAGUGGAGCUUGGAGAAGUCAUUUAGCCAGGUUCUUAGAGUUAGUUUCUGUCGUGUCGUAUGUAUAUCGUGGUUGGUGACCACAAUUUUCCAAGAAACGUAUAUUAGAUUAUCUGAUCUGAAUGA